AGUCUCUUAACUCUAAAAUCGAAUCUCUUCCCUUCGCUUUUUAAAAACCCUCUUCCUCUUCUUGGCGCUCCCUCUGCUGCUCCCCUUUUUUAACUUCUCCAUUGUUCGGCACUAUCAAAUCGACAAAAUGCAUGCCCCAGUUCUCGUUCUCCAGGAUUCUAUGAAGCGUGAACAAGGUGGCAAGGUACAGCGUGCCAACAUUCAAGCUGCCAAGGCAGUUGCCGAUAUUAUUCGUACCACUUUGGGUCCACGAUCCAUGUUGAAAAUGCUGCUUGAUGCUGCUGGAGGAAUUGUAGUAACCAAUGAUGGAAAUGCAAUUCUUCGUGAGUUAGAUCUUGCACACCCUGCUGCAAAGUCCAUGAUUGAACUAAGCCGUACCCAAGAUGAAGAAGUAGGAGAUGGAACUACAUCAGUCAUUGUCCUAGCUGGCGAGAUGCUCCAUGUUGCGGAAGCUUUUAUUGACAAGAAGUAUCAUCCUACUGUGAUAUGUCGAGCUUAUGGUAAAGCGCUGGAGGAUGCAAUUGCUGUGCUUGACAAGAUUGCAAUGACCAUUGAUGUCAAGGACCGUGCAACAAUGUUGGGGCUGGUGAAAAGCUGCAUUGGCACAAAGUUUACUAGUCAAUUUGGGGAUUUGAUUGCAGAUUUGGCAAUUGAUGCCACAACAAUUGUUGGUGUGGAAGUUGGACAAGGGUUGCGUGAGGUGGACAUCAAGAAGUACAUUAAGGUGGAGAAGGUACCUGGUGGGCAGUUGGAAGACUCAACAGUGCUUAAAGGAGUUAUGAUGAACAAAGAUGUAGUUGCCCCUGGCAAAAUGAGAAGAAAGAUUGUGAAUCCUCGCAUCAUUCUUCUUGAUUCUCCUUUGGAGUACAAAAAAGGCGAGAACCAAACCAAUGCAGAGUUGCUUAGAGAGGAAGAUUGGAAUGUCUUAUUGAAGAUGGAAGAAGAGUACAUUGAGAACAUGUGUGCACAGAUAUUGAAGUUCAAACCAGAUGUUGUUAUUACUGAAAAAGGACUUAGUGACCUGGCAUGCCAUUAUCUGAGCAAGGCUGGUGUCAGUGCAAUCAGAAGGCUAAGGAAGACUGACAACAAUAGAAUUGCCAAAGCUUGUGGGGCAGUUAUUGUCAAUAGACCUGAUGAGUUGCAGGAAUCUGAUGUUGGUACUGGUGCUGGUCUCUUUGAGGUGAAAAAAAUUGGCGAUGAAUUCUUCACUUUCAUUGUUGAUUGCAAGGAUCCAAAAGCAUGUACAGUCCUCCUAAGGGGUGCCAGUAAAGAUCUACUGAAUGAAGUAGAAAGAAACCUACAGGAUGCAAUGUCUGUCGCUAGGAACAUCAUCAAGAAUCCUAAACUAGUUCCUGGUGGUGGUGCAACAGAGUUGACUGUAUCUGCUAUGUUGAAGCAGAAAAGUUCAUCUAUUGAAGGCAUUGAAAAGUGGCCUUAUGAAGCUGCUGCAAUAGCGUUUGAAGCUAUUCCACGUACGUUGUCUCAGAACUGUGGUGUGAAUGUUAUUCGUACAAUGACGGCGCUCCAAGGAAAGCAUGCAAAUGGUGAGAAUGCAUGGAUAGGCAUAGAUGGGAAUACUGGUGAGAUUGCUGAUAUGAAAGAGCAGAAGAUAUGGGAUUCCUACACCGUGAAAGCGCAGGCUUUCAAAACUGCCAUUGAAGCUGCUUGCUUACUCCUGAGAAUUGAUGAUAUUGUAAGUGGGAUCAAGAAGAAACAGGCCCCUGGAGCAAGCCAAGGUCCAUCUAAGCCAAAAGUUGAGGGCGAAGAUGACGCAGACAAUGACCAGCUAAUUCCUGAAUGAGAUAUCUAAUGAGUGCACGGAAUUACUUCCCGAGCCCAGACUGCAGCUGAAAAACCAUUUUGAUAUGUGCAUCUGUUCGCAUGUUCUUUAAUGCUAAUCAAUGCUGUUUUUUUCAAAAGUUUUGCCCUUAAGGUGCGACUUCUGCAAUCUGAAUGCACACAGUUGUCAGAGAAUAGUAAUCAUUUGCUUACGUUGUAGUUGAAUUAGAUCUAUUUUGAUUGUUGGAUGUAUAUUAUGUUUGAUAUUGCAAGGGCAAAUUGUCACUCCUGACUAGUAGUUUUCUUGAGAUUGAAUGUUUGAUGAAUUAAUCGUUGUCUUUCCUGAAGUC